UCUCAAGUGCUGCUUGACCUGGUUCAAGGUGAAUUCAUGCAAAUGGGAUCAAAAGGAAAGAAGACGAUUCUCGAGAGAUUCAGUGACUACAUUCACAAGAGCUUCAAAAAAACAGCUUCGCUGAUUGCGUACACUUGUAAAGCUGUUGCGCUGCUUUCGGGGGCAGACACGCGUUGCCAAGAAGCCGCUUUUCAGUAUGGCCGAAACUUGGGAAUAGCUUUUCAAUUGGUGGACGAUCUUUUGGAUUUUGUUUCCAGUCAAUCGGAACUCGGGAAACCAGCGGCAGCCGAUCUGAGGCUGGGCCUCGCCACGGCUCCAGUUUUGUUUGCGAGUGAAAAGUUUCCCCAAUUGAAUGUGAUGAUAGAACGACGAUUCUGUGAACCCAAUGAUGUCCAGGCCGCUUAUGCCUUUGUCAUGGAAUCCGAUGGACUACAAUCAACCAGAAUUCUGGCCAAACAACAUGCAGACGAAGCUCUAAGAUACAUUGAUCCAUUUAUCGAUUGCCCGGAGAAAAGGGCGCUAAUCGAACUUGCGAAAAUGACACUUGAGAGGAAAAAAUAGUGGUGCCAAAAUCUUCACAAAAUCAAAUCAUUUCAAGUUCCAUUAGUCACCAGAAUUAACCCAUUGAUUAAUCAAAAGUAAAUUUAUGACAAUUAACUUACAGAAUGAAAAUCAACUCUAACUUCAUAAUCUUACAUGUUAAAUAUUUGGAAGUUUAUUUUAAUUGUUACUUUUUAUUCAACAAUCAAAUUUUAUUCUCAAUCUCAGCUUAUUUAUUUGUGAUAAAAAUUUCAAUAAGAAAACUUGUCCAUCCAAACAA